UUGGCCAAAAUGGGGAAAGAGCUGACGCUCGUCCUCGCAGUGUUUCAAGGAAGAGGAUGGAGACCCAGGAAUAGCCACACAACCAUUGUCACAGCAAAACUUGGGACCCAUGUCGUAACUACAGAUCCCGUAGCCCUGACAUCGGACCCACAGUUCUACACAGAACUUUCCUGGGAGCUGGAAUCCCACAUUAUUCGAAGAUAUAAGGUGGAUCACGUUCCUAUUAGAGUAGAAUGCCACUCCAUCAACAAGCGGGGCAAACAGCAAUGCCUUGGCUACAUCAUCAUGCCUCUUGCUACAGCUGUCUUGGGAGUUGAGAGUGAUCCAGCUUGGUACAAGCUGCUUGGAGGACCAAGCGUGCCACACAAGAAACCACCAAGCAUCUGCCUCGCCCUCCGCUUGAGAAGCACCAAGGUACAGCUCUCUUUUUGAGAGACGGACAGAGAAG